CCCCCCCGGCCCGUGCUCCCCGAGCCCCGUCUGAUUCACUCGGGGGUUGCUGGGGGGGUUUCUUGCUCUCCCCGUCGUGCUGUGUGCUUUGGUUUCUGUCCUCACCUGCCACGGUUAACUUGUGACUCGGGUUAACUCUUGAGACCUCCACGGAUGUUGCUAAGAGCACUUUUCCUGCCUUUGCUGCCCCUUGCUGGGAUCGGAUUUCGUACUCGCUGGACUCUGUGUGCCUGUCUGUGUGUUCUGAGUGUCUUGAGAUUUUGCUUUCCUUCCCAAGAGCUGUGCAUUGACUGUAACCAAGACCCAUGAAGAACCAUAGGCUUGGCUUGACCUUGAUUUUGAUGGCUUUGUUGGAAGAUGUAAUGUGAUUGCGUUUCGUGAAGUGAUUGCUCUCCAGCCUCUGUGGCUUAGGGUAGAAGCCACUUCUGCCUCCCUGUCACUCAUGGACAAUUUGGGUUUUUUUUUAACCAAACCUUUUGGCUGUUUUUCUUUUCUCACUUCCCCUUUGCCCCUGUUUCUCCUCCGUGUUGGAAGCUUUAUUCUACUCUUUAAUGUGACUGAUAGUCCUGCUGCUUCCUGCUGCUGAUUUCUGUUUUGAAGUACGAUGGCUCUGAGUGGCAACUGCAGGACUUACCUUCCUUCUCGAGAGCAGGGGUCGGGGCUGCACUCCUUCCCAGAGGUCGUGGAGCUAAAUGUGGGUGGCCAGGUUUACUUCACUCGCCAUUCCACCUUGGUUGGCACCCCUCACUCCCUGCUCUGGAAGAUGUUCACCCCAAAGAGAGACACGGCCAAUGAUCUGGCCAAGGACUCCAAGGGAAGAUUCUUCAUCGACAGAGACGGUUUCCUUUUCCGCUACAUUCUGGACUAUCUCAGGGACAAGCAAGUGGUUCUGCCUGACCACUUCCCAGAGAAGGGCAGGCUCAAGAGGGAGGCCGAGUACUUCCAGCUCCCAGACUUGGUCAAACUCCUGACUCCCGAUGACAAGCAGCAAAGCCCUGAUGAUUUUUGCCACAGUGACUAUGAAGAGGUCUCCCAAGGCAGUGACACAAGAAUAUGCCCCCCCUCGUCGCUCUUGCCGCCUGAUCGCAAGUGGGGAUUCAUUACCAUCGGGUACCGGGGGUCCUGCACUGUGGGCAGGGAGAGUCAAGCAGAUGCCAAAUUCAGGAGGGUCCCGAGGAUUUUGGUUUGUGGAAGGAUUGCUCUGGUCAAAGAGGUCUUUGGAGAAAGUUUGAAUGAAAGCAGAGACCCAGACAGGGCUCCAGAGAGGUACACCUCCCGGUUCUAUCUCAAGUUCAAGCACCUGGAAAGGGCUUUCGACAUGUUAUCCGAGUGUGGAUUCCACAUGGUGGCCUGUAACUCCUCGGUGACAGCUUCCUUUGUCAACCAGUACACAGAUGACAAGGUCUGGUCCAGCUACACCGAAUAUGUCUUCUACCGUAAGUACAAGCCAUUUCUGAGGGAAAUACGACCUGCUUUAAGCUGCUGCCUUCUGUUGACCGUACCGUUCUCAAAGCCCAGCGCCUGCCGCGCUCUGAGGCUCACUGAGAUCUGGGGUUAUGCUUCGGGUUAA